AUGAAGCCUUGCAUCCUAUUCCACACUGCCAUCUUCACUGCUCUUUCCAGAUGUCUUGGUGCUGCUGCAGAGCCAGACAGCCAGCCCAAAUGGCCUCUGCAGUCAUUCAAAAGCACCCCCCUCCAAGCGCCGUAUAUGAAUGUCACCAAGUAUGGAAAAACGGAUCUUGGCUACCUCUUCAUCUCGCCGCAUGAUAUCCUACGUGAAACAGGGCAUCCCACAAUAUACGCCGAUGAUGGGCAACUCGUCUGGCAGGGGCCGCAGAUGAACAUUUCCGCAUACCAGCCCCAAAUGCUAGACGGUGAACCAGUCCUUGCCUACUGGAAUGGAUAUCUAUUCAGUGGCUUUGGUUUCGGCGGUAUCAGCAUCGUGAAUAGUUCCUACGAUGAGAUAUAUCGUGUUACCCUGCCCGGGGAGGAUCAGAAGUUCUCAACCGUUGCUGACCCCCAGACAUUCGAGUCUUAUAUCGACAUCCACGAGAGUCAAAUCACCGAUGAAGGCACCAUACUUGUUACAGCCGUAAAUAUCACACAGAUGGACCUGAGCUCGAUCGGCGGCCCAAAAGACGGCUUCGUGCAGGAUGGUCUAUUCUACGAGAUCGAUAUCAAGACAAACAAGGUGCUUUUCCGCUGGAGCACAGUCGAGCAUCUCUCCGAGAUUCCACUCUCAGAUAUCGUCCUGCCUCUUAAUGACGCAGGCCGGAACAAGACUGAACCAUUCGAAUAUCCGCAUCUGAACUCCAUAGCGAAAUACGGAGACUCAUACCUCGUCUCCUCGCGGUUCAUGUGCAGCCUCUUCUUCAUCGACAAGAACGGCACCGUAACUUGGCAUUUACACGGCCAAAAAGGCGGCUCCUUCACACUCAGCCCCGGAAGCAAUUUCUGCUACCAGCACGACGCGCGCUUCACGUCCCAAACAGACAAAAAGAUCACACUCCAGCUCCACAACAACGCAAACGCAGAUUUCACCAGCGACACCGAGCUCACCACGGGGCUGAUCCUUUCGCUCGAUCUAACGCAGCACACGGCAUCCGCUGUGCAGAGGUUCUGGGACGCAGAGGAGCCCGUCUUCGCGCAUUCCCAGGGGAGUUACCAGACUCUAAGCAACGGACAUGUCUUGCUUCAGCAUGGGGCGACUCCAAAGGUGGAGGAAUAUGACGAGGAGGGCGCGUUGGUUAUGAGGGCUCGGUUUGGGUUUGAUGAGGCUAUGCAGUCCUACCGGGGAUACAGAUUCCCUUGGAUUGGGCGGCCCAGGAGUGUCCCUGAUGUGGCUGCGUGUGUUGAGAAAGGGAAAGGGAAAGGGAAGACGGUUGUGUAUGUGAGUUGGAAUGGAGCGACGGAUGUGCAGUCGUGGAGGGUUAUGGCGGGCCAGGAAUCGGGUGGUUUCCGGGUGGUGGAAACUGUUCCUAGAAAUGGGUUUGAGACGGAGAUUCGACUUGGCGCUACUCUUAAGAAGGUGCUGGUCGAGGCUGUUGGGGGUGUUGGUGAUGGGCGGAAAUCUGAGGUCGUCACUGUUGGGGAUGCUUGCUAG